CAGCGGCAUUUCGCAAUCAACCACACCACAAGCAGACACUGUCUUUCCUCGAGCCGCUUGAUGUGAUUGCAAGUUGUCUCUAAGCAGCGAAGGCUUUUGCCACGCCAUGGCCGCCGACUUCGAAAAACAGAGUUAUUGGCAUCAUCGGUUUGAAACCGAGACAGCUUUCGAAUGGCUGACGUCGUCUUCGGCGUUCAUGGACGUCCUGGCCCCCCAACUCACGAAGCUUCCGAGCGAUGCUCGGAUUCUCCAUUUGGGGCCUGGAACCAGCGACUUGCACAACCAACUUCGACAAAGAGGAUUUUUGAACGUGACAAACAUCGACUAUGAACCCCUUGCUCUAGAGCGAGGCCAACAGUUGGAGCGGGAUCGAUUUGGCGAUGUUCGGAUGGAGUAUCUCGUUGCCGAUGUGACGCAGCUCGAACUCAAGCCGGUACAUCGAGUAGCCAUCGAUAAAGGCACGGCCGACGCUGUUGCAUGCGGCCCAGCCGACGCUGUGCUUUCAAUGGCAAAGGCCAUCCAUUGUUGCUUGGACAGCGACGGGUUUUGGGUGUCGCUCAGCUACUCCGCAUCGCGGUUCGAAGGUGUGCGGUCGUUCUUCGAGGUCGAAGUGGCCAGUCGGAUCCCAACGCCGAAGUUGAAACCAACCGAUCCGGACAUUUACCUGUACUGCUACCUCCUGCGACCCAAGCGAGACGUUGCAUACUAGCACUCGCGGAGUAUCCGUGUCACACUUUCUUUUGGCCGAAGAAAGGUGACCUCCACGGCCGAGCUGAAGGGACGAGGGCGAACAAUAUGUUCAGCAUUUAGGGAGCACCUAAUUAGCGGUUGGAACUCGGAGGACUGCUCGGUGUUCAUCUGCGUGUCAACGCCUCUGCGAUGUCCUGGUGCAUGGCGAAGUCGGGUGGAUUCGGUUCAAUCAACCAAGUUCAACCGUACCGAUCAAGAAAACCAAAAUAACUCAGGUAGUUACCUUGGCACAUGUCAAGGCUCCAAAUUAUGGUUGUUUACUGUGACGCACCGUCAAGCACCCGUCUUGGCGUAAGCCCGCGCCGCUGGAUCUUCCGACUCGGCCGGGUGAACCCGUUUGCUG